CGUUGAGCCAACAUGGCGGCCAUUUCUGUAUAGCGGUGUGGCUGACUUUUCCUUUUUCCCUCCCAUCUCUGCUGUAAACCAUGGCGUCCGCCAGCACAGGGAGCAGGGUGUCCUGCGGGAGAGAUUUAAGUUGUGUUCCUGAGGUGGCAGAUACACUCGCCGCAGUCGCAAAACUAGGCUUCGACUUCCUGUGCAUGCCCCUCUUCCAUCCUCGUUUCCGGAGAGAGUAUGAACUGGACCCUGCCAAGGCCAGACCCGGAGCUCAGACCCGCUCUGACCUGCUGCUGUGUGGACGCGACUGGAACACUCUCAUUGUGGGGAAGCUCUCACCAUGGAUAGAUGCCGACUCCGAACUGACCACAGAGCGCAGGAACUCCGAGGCCGCGCUGGUCCAGGAGCUGAAUUUCUGUGCCUACCUGGGGUUACCCGCCUUCAUGAUCCCACUGAGGGGCGCGCAGUGUGCCAACUUGGCCCGAGUCCUGCUAAACCACCUACAUACCGGACACCAUUCUUCCAUGUUCUGGAUCCGAGUUCCCCUGUUAGCACCCGAGGACACUCGUGAAGACCUCGUUGUUAACGAGCCAAGUAAACAAAUAGACGAUGCUGACAAUGAAGAGAAAACCUGGGGCUGGUGGCAUUCAUUCCGAACACUUUGCGACUACAACAAAAGGAUUUGUCUUGCCAUUGAGAUCGGUGCGGACAUUCCCUCUGACAAUGUGAUUGACAAGUGGCUUGGGGAACCAAUCAAAGCUGCCAUUCUUCCCACCAGCAUAUUCCUGACCAAUAAGAAAGGGUUUCCGGUGCUCUCAAAAGCCCAUCAGCGAAUCAUAUUUCGCCUCUUCAAGCUCGAGUCUCAGUUUAUAUUUACCGGGACGAGUCGCCACAGCGAGAAGGACUUCCGCACCUAUCUGCAGUACCUAGAAUACCUCAACCAGAACCGGCCAGCACCCAACGCUUAUGAGCUGUUUGCCAAGGGAUACGAGGACUACCUGCAGUCACCGCUACAGCCUCUGAUGGACAAUUUGGAGUCACAGACGUACGAGGUUUUUGAAAAAGACCCCAUUAAGUAUUCGCAGUACCAGCAGGCGGUGUAUAAAUGUCUGCUAGACAGAGUUCCAGAAGAGCAAAAAGAAACCAACGUACAAGUGCUGAUGGUGCUGGGUGCUGGACGCGGCCCUCUGGUGAACGCCUCGCUACGUGCCGCCAAGCAGGCGGACAGAAAGCUGCGUGUGUAUGCCGUGGAGAAGAACCCCAAUGCCGUUGUCACGCUGGAGAACUGGAAGUUUGAAGAAUGGGGAGAUCAGGUGACCGUUAUAUCAUGUGACAUGCGGGAGUGGACAGCUCCAGAGAAAGCAGACAUCAUUGUCAGUGAGCUUUUAGGAUCGUUCGGUGAUAAUGAGCUUUCACCUGAGUGCCUUGAUGGAGCACAGCACUUUCUCAAAGAAGACGGAGUGAGUAUUCCCUGCUCCUACACCUCGUUUUUGGCUCCUCUGUCCUCGUCGAAGCUGUAUAACGAAGUGCGAAGCUGUCGGGAGCGGGACAAGGACCCCGAGUGCCAUUUUGAAACCCCGUAUGUAGUGAGGCUGCACAACUUCCACCAGCUUGCUGACCCCAAACCCUGCUUUACCUUCGUACACCCAACUACAGAUAUGAACAACAACAGAUAUCAGUGUCUGCGUUUCACCGUGUCCUGUAACUCUGUGCUUCACGGUUUUGCUGGAUAUUUUGAGACCACGCUGUACAAAGACGUUAUGCUUAGUAUUAGACCAGAGACCCACUCACCCGGAAUGUUCUCCUGGUUCCCAAUCCUCUUUCCUCUCAAACAACCCAUUCCCCUGUCUGGCGGCGAUGACGUGAGUGUGAAGUUCUGGAGGUGUAACAACGGGAAGAAGGUGUGGUACGAGUGGGCCGUCACUGAGCCCAUCUGCUCGGCCAUUCACAACCCCGCGGGACGGUCUUACACUAUCGGCUUGUAGAGGGAGACAUGUACUAUGUUGUUUUGGUCUCUAGUAAUAACGUACAGUGCAGCACUUGGUGAUAGAUUUGGUCAGUUUUGAGCAUGACUUUUUUUUUUGGUUACAGUUUACAGGUAACACUUGAGAAUCUGGGCUUAUUGUCACUACACCCACUGAAAGUUUUCUAAUCUUGGUUCUGUGCACUGAACUGCCAAGUUCGUAGGACAUCCAGACAGUCCCAAAGCUAGAUAAUUAAACUGAAUUUUUUUUAUUGUCAUAACUCCCUUUUCGUACUGUUUUAUGUUCUUCCUGAUGACACUUGUCAUAUGACAUGAAUAAAAAAAAAAUCAUA